CACACACAUUUAUGCAUACACAUAUCCCAUAGUACGGAGCACUCAUUCAUACACACAUAUAUACGAUACACAAUGUUACCAUCAUUUAUACACUUAUACAUAUUAGACACGAAGUUGCCGUCGUUCACACACACUCUCCAUCUAUGGCAUACACACACGCAAUGCCAGGCUACGAUCACCCUUUCUCUCUCCCACACAUGCAACCACAUACAUAAUACCACUACACACACAUACAGAACCACACUGUAAUGCUGCGAUCACCCUUUCUUGCUCUCUCUCUCUCUCUCUUUCCCCUACACACCUCUACACACAAAAUAACACCACACACAUAUAUACACACGCGCGCGCACAGAACCAUAAUUUAAUGCUGCGAUCAUCCUUUCUUUCUCUUUUUAUCUCUCUCUCUCUUUCUUUCUCUCCUAGACACACACCCAUACGCAUAACAGUUCACGCACACAUACAGAACAAUAAUGCAACACUACCAUCACCCUUUCUUUCUCUUUCUCACUCUCACACACCUCCAUUUACAUAACAACAGUUCACACACACACAUCGAGCAAUAAUGCUAUACUACCAUCAGCCUUUCUCUCUCACUCUCUCCCACACAUACAUCCGUAUACAUAACAACACUACGCCAGCCAUCACACACAGUCUCGCCACCCUGACUGGACGGCGGUGCACAUUUUACCAUCGGCUUCUCACUGUUUUCGCACCUUAACCCCGAAUGAAUGGGAUUUCUUACCUUAAUACCCAGCUUUACUAAGGAAAUGGAGAAUGUCAGCUUUGAUUUUAGUAUCUUUGACACAUAUUCUGUCCCUGAGGACUUACAGCCACCUGCCUUGCAGGCUUCACCAUCACUUGCCAGUGCAUCAGCAAAAGGCAAGUGGGGAGCAGCCAUGGAGCAAACAAGGAAACGGAAAGGCUCCCUCAUCGACUUUGAAAGUGGUGAUGAUGAUGAUGACCUUUGCAGCAAUACUGACGAUCCUAAGAAAUAUGCAAGGCAAAACCACAGUGAAAUUGAAAAACGUCGCCGUGAUAAAAUGAAUUCCUAUAUAACAGAACUAUCAGCUAUGAUUCCCAUGUGCAAUGCUAUGAACAGAAAACUAGACAAACUGACAGUGUUGCGAAUGGCUGUGCAACAUAUGAAAGCUCUACGAGGAGCAAACCGUACACAUACAGAAGUCAGUCAGAAACCUGCGUUCCUCUCUGAUGAUGAAGUAAAACAUUUGAUCCUUGGGGCUGCUGAUGGAUUCCUGUUUGUUGUAAGCUGUGAUAGAGGCAAAAUACUAUAUGUCUCACAGUCUGUAAAGAGAACGUUAAACUUUUCACAGUCCGAUUUAAUUGGCCAAAGUUUGUUUGAUAUUCUUCAUCCACGAGACAUUGGCAAAAUCAAAGAACAACUUAGCUCUUCAGAUCUAACGCCAAGAGAACGGUACAUUGAUGCAAAAACCAUGCUUCCAGUGAGAACAGAACUACCUCAGAAACCCACUCAACUCUGCUCUGGUGCCAGACGCUCAUUCUUCUGUCGGAUGAAAUGUGUCAAUAAAUCUGCAGAUGUUGUUCCCAGCGCUGUCAAGGUAGAAAAAGAUGUUGAAGCUGAGCAUUCCCAUAAAAAACGAAAAUCAGACAGAAAAAACUUCUGCAUAAUUCACUGUACAGGGUACUUGAAAUCCUGGCCACCAACACGAAUGGACAUUGGAGGUGAGGAUGAAGUGGAAAAUGACAACGAACUGUGUAACUUAAGCUGUUUGGUGGCCGUUGGUCGGACAUUGCCAGCAUUUAGUCCAUACAAUCUACCUGAAAGCGGUGCAAUUCACAUGCGGCCCACAGAGUAUGUCUCUCGACAUAGUAUUGAUGGCAAGUUUACAUACAUAGACCACAGGGCAACAGUAAUAUUAGGUUAUUUGCCACAAGAACUAUUAGGGACAUCAGUGUAUGAAUAUUAUCACCAAGACGAUAUUUCACACAUGGCAGACAUACACAGAAAAGUUUUACAAACUAAAGACAAACUUGAGACACACAUAUUUCAGUUUAAAGCCAAAGAUGGAACAUUUCUGCAUUUAUGGUCAAAAUGUUUUAGUUUCCGGAACCCUUGGACGAAGGAAGUGGAAUAUAUUGUGACUACAAACACUGUUGUUCCAAUGCCAAAGGUUACAAGUUCUAACCAAACAGCAGAAUCAAGUGAACAAAUGCAGGUUGAUGCUGCUGUAGAAAGUACAUCAUCUAAUAAAGUUGAAGAAACACAGUCUGCAGGUACACGGACGGGUGCUGGCCGAAUAGGAAGACAAAUUGCUGAAGAAGUCACUGAAACAAUAAGUAACAGGUUAGCAUUUACUGCAGACAGCAGCAGCGUUCCUGGACCUUCAUCCAUACAGGUACAAAAUAAACAUACAAGGACCAAAAUGUCUAUUCCAGAAACAACCAGUUCAGACUGUUCCAGCCAUGACAGUAGCCUUGUGGACUCUGUGAUGAAUGAGCAUGUUAUUAAUGAGAUGACGAACCCUGGCAACAGUGGAGAUGAUGAAGCAGCAAUGGCAGUGAUUAUGAGUUUAUUGGAAGCAGAUGCUGGACUUGGUGGACCAGUGGAUUUCAGUGAUCUGCCAUGGCCAUUAUAGUUCAUACUUUACUGGGUUAUCUUUAUUUUUUUUUGGGGGGGGGAGGAAAAAAUUAACAACAUUUUUUUUUUUUGUAAAAUCUCUUCAUACCUAACCGCAUCUACUUCCAUGUUGCUGCGGUCCCUAACACCAUUAAAAUGUUGUUAAUAUGACCGCUAUUUAUACUGACCCACCCUCCACACAAACUUUACACAUACAUUCACUGUUCACACGGUACGCAUGUACCCUCAACAUCUCACAAUCACCACUGCUUCCUUUCACGUUUCUUAUUGUGAACUCUAUAAGUUAAGAAGAUUGCAGCUAAACUGAAUGCAGGUGAUCCAAACCCAACCCCAAGCUCCAUUGGACCUCCCCCCUACAGACAUAUUCAUAUAUAUAUAUAUAUAUAUAUAUAUAUAUAUAUGUGCAAUAUAAGCAUAUAUAUAUGCGUAUAUGUAUGCAUAUAUAUAUAUAUGCACAUAUAUAUGCAUAUAUAUAUAUAUUAGUAUACAUACAUAUAUAUAUGUAUGUAUGUAUGUAUGUAUGUAUGCUUAUACAUAAAUAUAUCUGUAUAUUUAUGUAUGUAUAUAGCCAAGCAAGGCAUAGAUUCACAUGUUAUCACAUCAAUCAUCCAAAUUUAUAUUUUAUUUUAUAUGUAUAUAUGUUUUUUGUUAAUUGUUGGUUUUUUUUUGGUGGGGGGGUGAGGCCCACCAUUGUUAUCCUCAUUGUUACCUCAGCCCAGCCCCAAGAUCCUGCCUGUUGUCAUCACCUUUUUGAUCAGGCAGUAUACGCUGCAACACCUUUCCUGUGAAUUCAUACCAGUGAGAUAUUCUACAAGGAAAACGUUUUUCUUUUUUCUUUUUUUUUUAACCACAAAAGCAAAAAAAAAAAACA